AUGGGUCAGUUUACUCCUAAACUUCUCGUUGCUCUCUGCCUUCUCUUCCCAAUUGCCACAUCAUCAUCCACAUCAAAUGACCGAAAAAACUACAUUAUCCACAUGGAUAAAACCGCAAUGCCAGCUCCCUUCUCCACCCACCAUGAAUGGUACGUGUCAACACUCUCGUCCCUGUCAUCGCCAGAUGGCAUUCCGCCAAUCCAUCUCUACUCUUACAAGCAUGUCAUGGAUGGGUUCAGUGCUGUGUUGUCCCAAAACCACCUUGACCAACUGGAGAGUUUGCCUGGUCAUGUUGCCACCUUCCCAGAAUCGAUAGGCCAUCUCCACACCACCCAUAGCCCAAAGUUCCUGGGCCUAAACAAACGUGGUGGAGCAUGGCCAGCUGGCAAGUUCGGUGAUGAUGUAAUUAUUGGUGUUCUUGACACCGGAAUUUGGCCUGAAAGUGAGAGCUUCAACGAUAAAAACAUGCCUCCAGUUCCGCAGCAAUGGCAUGGAAUCUGCGAAACUGGAACGGAAUUUAACACUUCUCAUUGCAACAAAAAACUUAUUGGUGCACGCAAGUUCAGCCAAGGCAUGAAGCAAAUAGGAUUGAAUAUAUCAACUACAGAUGACUAUGAUUCUCCAAGGGAUUACAUGGGUCACGGAAGCCACACAUCUUCAACAGCAGGAGGCAGUCCAGUGCAACAUGCUGAUUAUUUCGGUUAUGCAGAAGGGACAGCAACAGGAAUGGCACCGUUGGCUAGGAUUGCUAUGUACAAAGUGAUUUUCUAUACUGGCGAUAACGAUGGUUAUGAUGCUGCAGCAACAGAUGUACUUGCUGGCAUGGAUCAAGCGAUUGAAGAUCGAGUGGACAUCAUGUCAUUAUCCUUGGGAUUCUUUGAGACACCAUUCUAUGAGAAUCCAAUAGCCAUAGGAGCAUUUGCAGCGUUGAAGAAAGGGAUAUUUGUUACAUGUUCUGCUGGAAAUGCAGGGCCUCAUGGAUACACCAUGCUCAAUGGAGCUCCUUGGCUCACCACUGUUGGUGCCGGAACCAUUGACCGUCAGUUUGGAGCUGAAGUCACGCUGGGAAACGGCUCAAUUACGAUCACUGGAACAUCUAUUUAUCCUGAGAAUUUGUUUGUUUCCGGGGUUCCUGUAUACUUUGGACUUGGAAAUCGAAGCAAAGAAGUUUGUGAUUGGAACUCCUUGGACCCCAAAGACGUCGCAGGCAAGUUCCUCUUCUGUGACUAUGACGAUGAGUCAUCACAGUUUCGACAGAUGUCUGAAAAUGAUCGAUAUGGGCCAGACAUUGCCGGAGCUGUUGGGGCUAUCUUCAUUGAAGAUGAUGCGGAAUUUCACCACCCAGACUACUUCUACAUGCCAAUUGUGAUAGUGAGCACCAAAGACAGAGAGUUGAUCAAGAACUACAUCAUCAAUACCACAAACACAACAGUCAGUGUACAGUUUGGUUUAACAUUAUUAGGUACUAAGCCAGCCCCAAAAGUGGCAUAUUUUUCCUCUAGAGGACCUGAUCAAAGAUCCCCAUGGACUCUGAAACCUGACAUUCUGGCUCCUGGGUAUCAUAUUCUGGCUGCUUGGGUUCCUAAUAAAGGAUUUGCACCAAUACGUGAAGAUGGUUAUUUGCUCACAGAUUACGCUCUUGUUUCUGGCACAUCAAUGUCAUGCCCCCAUGUAGCUGGGAUAGCUGCAUUGCUUAAAGCCGCCCACCGUGAUUGGAGUUCUGCUGCCAUCCGAUCAGCACUGAUGACAACUGCUGAUGUUACAGACAAUGCAGAUGGUAGAAUCAUUGAUAUGACCACCGGAGUUGCUGGGACACCCCUUGAUUUUGGAGCAGGGCAUGUGAAUCCCAACAAAGCCAUGGACCCUGGCCUGGUGUACGAUAUAGAGGCAGAUGAUUACAUUAACUACCUGUGUGCUAUGAACUAUACAAGCCAACAGAUUCGAAUCAUCACAGGGACUUCAAAUUUUGCUUGUGAAUAUGCUAGCCUGGAUCUUAAUUAUCCUUCUUUCCUUGUUCUCUUGAACAAGACUAAUACUACCACCACUACCUUCAAGAGGGUGUUGACAAAUGUAGAAGAUAAUAGCUCUGUCUAUAUUGCGGUGAUCUCAGCUCCUCCUGGUAUGAAAGCUCUAGUUCAACCAACAACCCUUACAUUUUCACGAAAAAACAGCAAAGCUGAGUUUAAUAUGACCGUGGAGAUCGAUUUGGAAGCUGCUAAUGUUACACCGCAGAGCGAUUAUUUUGGGAAUUACGGGUUUUUGAGAUGGUAUGAGGUUAAUGGAAGACAUGUGGUUAGGAGUCCCAUUGUCUCUGCAAUUGCAUCCACUAAGACUUGA